UGUAAUUCAGUUGGCGGUUUCUUCAAGUCGAAAGAACAUCAACAGAACGGUGAGGCAUUUCCACAGUCAAAACAAUGGAUUCACGUGCCAUUAUGGGGUGUAUUCUGGAGCAUCUGGGGGAUAUAUUUUGGAAAGAAUUCAAGGAACAAGACACUAUAGAUAAUGCAUCUGAAAGACAACUUUUUCAAGGGAUAUUGUGCCACAAGAUGGACAUCAAUACCCAUAGGUGCCGACUCGUUAACUUCUUGCUGCUUCUGGUGCGCCUUGUUGACGGUCAAGAUGUCGAGGCCAUUUAUAAGGACAACCAACAAUGCACGCCCCUCGAAGACGCCCUCGGGUGUUUCAAAACGGUCAUGUCAGACUUGGAGUGUGACUGCACGCAGAACGAAGUUGAACAUUUUCAAAACAUCCUGAAGGAACAGGCUGUGAUUGUAUGCUGUAGAGCAGGAGAUUUCAACAAAGCCCUUCUUGUGUUCCUGAGUUUAUUUGGCGAUACUGUACAAGAAGACCCUUCAAAACCAAACUCAAGGGUCAAGGUUCAGCGGCAGCUCCAGGCCUUCAUUAAUGAAAAGAAAGUCAGUCAGAGAUUCCUGGAUCUCCACUCCUAUGAGAUCUUCCUACAAGAAGCAAAGACAAUCUUAGAGAAGGUUCACAGCGCAUUCAGUCCUCCUGUGUUACUCUCGGUACAAAAGAAAGCUGAACAGAAACAAGGAAUCACUGAUGAUGACAAAUCCUCGUCGUCAUCGAUGGUUAUUGACUCGUCCAGUGAGGGCACAUCUUCAAGACGAUCCUCUCCGCUAAAAGGUCUCCGGAAGCUGUCACGCAGCAGGUUGGACAGAGGUGAUCAUCCGAUGCUGGAUGAAGCAUCGAACGAGAAUGGGUCGACUACUUCCGAGACUGAUGACAACUGUGGCACUCCGAAGGGACUGAGAUUUAUUUCAUCACGCAAGAAAAAGUGUAGAGGGACAAAGGGAGGCAGUAAUGACCGUGAAAAGAGCGUCUACACCUUGGCAGUGUUGGAAGCUGCCGUGCCUUCACUGACAGACGAAGACUGGACGGACAUCAGAGGAACGACUAAUCCGUUUCAAGAUGACUCUCUGCCGAAGAGACAGAAAGCAAAUUCGAGAGAUGCAAGCAACGCGUCUUCUGCACCCUCUCUGGAUCAGAGCCAGUCGCCGAUCGCUGCACCCUCUCUGGAUCAGAGCCAGACGCCGAUCGAUGCACCCUCUCUGGAUCAGAGCCAGUCGCCGAUCGCUGCAGUAGACCCUCAAUCCCCCAACGAUCUUGGACUCCAGAGUCCGACAGUGUCUACUCCAAAGAGGGGAAGAUCAAUCAGGGACCGGCAGUACCAACCAAACAGAAACAGGGUCCGGGAUAACACAUCACUGCCAGAGAGGGCGGCAGACUCAUCAGAUGAUCUUAUGUCUUCUGGGUCUAGCUCCGGAAUAACCACCACGACCUUCCCAACCCUAAAGUCGCCGAAACUACGGCAUAGUUUAAACCCUAGUCAUGCCUUCAGACAGCCGAGUAGGAAGAAGCAGUUCUGGUCUUAUGAAGAAUGCAAGCUGUUAAAGAAAGCCGUGGAUAGGUUUGGCGUCGGCAAGUGGUCUGAAAUGAAUAUGGCGUACGAUUUCAACGGGCGGACCAACGUCAAUCUGAAGGAUAAAUGGCGUAAUAUGGUUAAAAAUGAGGAAGUCUGAGUUUGUUUAAAUGAGUAUACAGUGUUAACACACAUCGGUGUAUAUGGGUAAAAAACAGAAUGACUAUUCUUUAUCCCAGACUAUUCUUUAUCGUUGCGGAACCCGCUGCCAAACCAUAGGAUUCGAACUGCAUCUAGCUACUGGGCAACCUCGGUAGUCUAGUUGGUAAGACACUGCUCUA